UCAUCGCAUUUCGCAUCGGCACUCGCAGUCGACGCGAAGCUCCUCGCACGCCCAACCAAGACACCUCUGCAGACGAGGUGUUUCCACUUCGCGAACUCGACUUUCUGGUGCAGCGCAGUCUCACGCAUACACGCAUCACCAGGGCCACGCAACGCGAGCAAGUCGACGCUUGUAUACGGAGAGGGCUCGACAAUCCGGGACACGUAUCGAAGAAGGAUCUGGCAAGAGAAGCGCGCUUGAGGCACAGGCAGUCUCAAUCGCGCCCAUCAGCAUGGCUCCGGAUCCUAUCAGAAGGAAGCUGGUCAUUGUUGGAGAUGGCGCUUGCGGCAAGACAAGCUUGCUUUGCGUCUUUGCCGUUGGAGACUUUCCACACGAAUAUGAACCUACAAUAUUUGAAAAUUACGUUGCUGAAAUAAGAUUGGAUGGUAAGCCAGUACAGCUGGCGUUGUGGGAUACUGCGGGUCAGGAAGAGUACGAGCGCCUGAGGCCGCUUUCGUACUCUCAAGCCCACGUCAUACUCAUAGCCUUUAGCAUCGACACACCCGACUCUCUUGAUAAUGUCACAGUCAAGUGGAUGGAAGAGGUACGGCAAAUUUGCGGCCCUCAGGUGCCCGUCUUACUCGUAGGCUGCAAGAGGGAUCUGCGAGAUGAGGCUGAAGGGCGAGUUGGUGCUGCGAGCAGAUUUGUGACCACAGCUCAAGGCAAGGCGAUUGCCCAGCAGAUUGGCGCGAGGUCCUAUCAUGAAUGCUCAGCGCUGAAGAAUGAUGGAGUGGACAACAUCUUUGAGGCUGCCACAAGAGCUAGCAUGCUCUUGCGUGGCCCUGGCGGCACUGGCAACGGCAGCGAGAGGCGACACUCCAGAUCAAAGUCCAAAUCAAAAGGGGGCAAGUACGGCGACAAGGAGAAGGAUGCUGGCGGUUGUCGAUGCGUGGUCCUCUGAGAACGCGCCCAAUCACUACUACGCCGCGGAGGACGGCGGACUUUUGAGCCUUUGCUCAGAAGCUCCGCACCUUGGUAUGCGCCUACUACUCGUCGCGAACGUCAAUCUGCACGACAGCUUCGGUCAUUCUCGCAAAGCUCCAAGGACUUAUCGAUUCGGCCCCUCUUAGACAUUUUGUCAGCCGCGGCCUCUUCA